AUGGCUCAACUCAGCCUGCUCCAGCACGUGGCCAACUUCAGAGACGUCGGCCAAACCGUCAACAAGUACCUCGGGCAAAGGUACCUUCGCCAGGGCCUUCUCUAUCGCUCCGCCAGACUAGACGAUGCUUCCGUACAAGACCAGACUCGCAUUAGAGACCAGUUCGGGGUUAAAACCGUCGUCGAUCUUCGAACAAAAACCGAGCUCAUCAAGCAAGCCGACAAGUAUCAGCCGUGUGCCGCCAGCCAUGCUUCAUCUUGGUUCUCGCCCAGGCCGGAUAUCCCUCGCAUCGACGGCAUAGUCUACGAGGACAUCAGAAUCACCGGGCGUCCGUUUGAAAUACACCUCCUUCGACAGCUCUCGUGGUGGAAUCUCCUCAAAGUCGUGGCCUUGUUCAUCCUUGGCUACCGCGUCGAUGCGGUAAAGGUGAUAGCAACACGCGUCAUGCUUCCUCGGGGCCUCCUCGGACUUGGCAUCGACACCGUUGAUCAUUCCGGUGCUGAAAUCUGCCAGGCGCUUUCUGUCUUUUCUUGGCCCCAGUCGAUGCCGGCAUUGGUGCAUUGCACGCAGGGCAAAGACCGAACGGGUCUCAUCAUUAUCCUGAUAUUGAUGAUUUUGGAUAUCCCCACCGAUGCCAUUGAACACGACUAUCUACUUACAGAUGCUGCUCUAGAGUCAGAUCGGGAGGAGAGGCUCGCCGAGAUUCGCCAGCUUGGCUUGACGGAUGACUGGGCGGUUACCUCACCAGUCAUGGUGUCGGGGCUGAAGGGGCACCUGGACCUCCAGUACGGCGGACUGGAGAACUAUCUGGAUGGCAUUGGGUUUGACGCGGCGCAGAGGACAAACCUGCGCCAGCUCUUGUUGUACUGA